AUGCACGCCCUCUCUUCAGGAACCGAGGUUCUGUUUCACUUAACAUUUGUAUUUCUCGGAACAUUGUUAAUCGUAACCACUGUUACCGUCUGUGGCGUAGGUUUGGGUUACUCUCACCCUCUCUUCUGCGCGAAGCAUUUCCGAAAUGCGUCGGAGCGAACGGUUAUUGCGCGCUUCGAUCGAGGAAUCGCCGGCGGUUUGAUGGAAUCGGCGCCGUUUGCGUUCCGCCUUCGAUUUGCCGUCGUUGUUUUCAAGGUGUGGACUGUGCUACUUCUUCACCCCUCCUCUCCACCAGCGAAUAUUGUAUUGAUAUUAGCAUGGUUGGAAGUCUAUAAUGCAAAUCUACCCGAACAACAAUUUCAAUGGGGAGGUUUGGAAGGGAGGAGUGAGCACAUUGCCUCACAUUCUUGCAUACAUGAUGAGAUACUUGAACAGAGAAAGCGACCUGGUCGCAAGGUGUAUUCAGUUACCCCACAGGUUUACAAGCCUGGUCUCUCAAAACACCUCCAGCUUAAAGGUAGGGCAUUACUUGGUGUACCAACAUCAUCGGAGCUUGUAGGGAAUGAAAAGCAACCUAUUAGGAUAUAUCUAAAUUAUGAUGCAGUUGGUCACUCCCCUGACAGGGAUUGCCAAAAGAUUGGUGAUAUUGUCAAGCUUGGGGAGCCUCCCAUGUCUUCCCUUCCUGGUAUGCCUUCUUGUAAUCCUGUUGCUGAUCCUCCAGUCUUUGGUGAUUGUUGGUAUAACUGCACUUCCGAAGAUAUAUCAGGAGGGGACAAAAAACACCGCCUUCGCAAGGCAUUAGGUCAGACAGCUGACUGGUUUAGGACAGUAUUGUCAGUUGAGCCUGUCAAGGGGAACUUGCGAUUAAGUGGAUACUCUGCAUGUGGACAAGAUGGAGGUGUGCAGCUUCCUCAUGAAUAUGUUGAAGAGGGAGUCUUUGAUGCUGACUUGGUUCUCUUGGUGACUACAAGACCUACAACUGGGAAUACACUUGCUUGGGCUGUGGCAUGCGAACGGGACCAAUGGGGUCGUGCUAUAGCUGGACAUGUUAAUGUUGCUCCUCGUCAUUUGACAGCUGAGGCAGAGACUCUACUAUCAGCUACGCUGAUACAUGAGGUAAUGCAUGUUCUUGGCUUUGACCCACAUGCCUUUGCUCAUUUUAGAGAUGAAAGGAAAAGACGCCGUAACAAGGUUACUGAACGAGUUUUUGAUGAAAAGAUUGGGCGGAUGGUAACACGUGUGGUGCUUCCGCGUGUAGUCAUGCAUUCCCGGCAUCAUUAUGUCGCCUUCUCUGGAAAUUUUACUGGCUUAGAGCUGGAAGAUGGUGGAGGACGUGGCACAUCAGGUUCUUAA